UUGUCAUUCUGAGUAUUUUUGAGUCUGUUAGAAAUACCUAACAUUGGUGCAAUGGCUUCUAUAAAUAUGAAUUUAUUAAAUUUAAUAAUAUUAAGUAUAUUAGUGCAUGUUAAUACACAACAGGUGCAUAGACGUUUUGAAUACAAAUAUUCGUUCAAACCACCGUAUUUAGCGCAAAAGGAUGGUUCAGUUCCUUUCUGGGAAUAUGGUGGCAAUGCGAUAGCGUCAGGAGAGAGCGUCCGCCUGGCGCCCUCCCUCCGCAGCCAGAAGGGAGCGAUAUGGACGAAGCAGCCCAUCAACUUCGACUGGUGGGAGGUGGACGUGAUGUUCAAGGUCACCGGCCGCGGCAGGAUCGGCGCCGACGGUCUGGCGUUCUGGUACACCACCCAGCGUGGUGAGUACACGGGUGAGGUGUUCGGUUCCUCGGACCGGUGGAACGGGCUGGCCAUCAUCUUCGACUCGUUCGACAAUGACAAUAAGCACAACAACCCGUACAUCAUGGCGGUGGUCAACGACGGCACCAAGGUCUUCGACCACAAGAGUGACGGCUCCACGCAGCUGUUGUCCGGCUGCCUGCGUGACUUCCGCAACAAACCAUUCCCGACGCGUGCCCGUGUGGAGUACUAUCACAACACGCUCACAGUCUACUUCCACAACGGUAUGACCAACAACGAGGCGGACUACGAGCUGUGCUUCCGCGCUGAGAACGUGGUGUUACCGCGGGGAGGUUACUUCGGGAUAUCAGCGGCGACCGGUGGCCUGGCCGACGAUCAUGACGUCAUACACCUACUCACUACGUCACUGCACACCGCUCAACAAGGUGGACAGCAGAUCAGCUCGGAUGAACAGCAGAAGCUGUCGCAGGAGUACCAGGAGUACCAGAAGAAGCUGGAGCAACAGAAGGAGGAGUACAGGAAGGAGCAUCCUGAUGAGGCUCGUGACAAAGAGGGCGAGUUCGAGGACUGGUUCGAGUCGGACGGACAACGCGAGCUGCGACAGAUCUUCCAGGGGCAGGCGCAGAUGCACGACGUGCUGCGAGAUAUGAACAAGAAGAUUGACGAGGUGAUCGGCAAGCAGAUGAACUCCCUGUCGAUGUUGACGGCCGUGUACAGUCACGCGCAGGGCUCCGGACUGCAGGCGCAGCCCCCGCAGGCUGGACAAGCUCCCCCGCCAAUUCCGUCCCUGCCAAUCGGCCGCCACGACUGGGACGCGCUGGUGGCCAACAACCAGAUCAUGAUCAACACGGUCGCAGAACUCAAAGGGUUCAUAAUCGAGGUGGCUCGUAAAUCGGACUCAUUAUUAGCGGCCGGCGGCAGUGGAGGCGGUACAGCCAUCAACCCUCAGUUCCUGAACGAGAUGAGAGACUCCAUCAACCAGGUCAAGCAGACCGUCGCAGGGGUCGCGCAGAGGGUGGCGACGAGUCCGGGCGUGUCCGGGGCGCAGGUGUCGUGUCCGGACGUGUCGUGCGUGGGCUUCACGGGGCUGCUGCUGGUGGUCGCCGUCCAGCUGGUCAUCAUGCUACUAUACAACUUGUACAAAGAAAGAAAAGAAGCUCAAGCAAAGAAAUUCUUCUGAGGUGUGAUAGAGAUAGGUAUAGUCGUUACGCACUUGUUCCACAUUGUCGCAUACCUUACAGAUCUCAAGAGUAGGGCUCAAUUACAAUAUCAAAUGCAGUUGUGUAUAGGUCACUGUUUUUUUUUAAUACAGAUUAUAUAUAUAUA